AUGGAUGUGUUCAUGAAAGGACUUUCCAAGGCAAAGGAAGGAGUCGUAGCAGCAGCAGAAAAAACCAAGCAGGGUGUGGCAGAGGCGGCAGGAAGGACGAAAGAAGGCGUCCUCUAUGUGGGUUCCAGGACCAAGGAAGGAGUUGUUCAUGGUGUCACAACAGUGGCUGAGAAGACCAAAGAGCAAGUCUCUAAUGUUGGGGGAGCUGUGGUGACAGGAGUGACGGCGGUGGCCCAGAAGACAGUGGAAGGAGCAGGGAACAUUGCUGCAGCCACCGGUUUGGUGAAGAAGGAUCAGUUGACCAAACAG